UCAUUACUAUUCAGAACUUGUCCGUUUCCAACAUCAAAUUUGUGUGAACACAGAUUUGUCGCUGUACUAUAUGUAUCUGGUCUGUCAUUUAACAUAAUUUAGCGAAGGUUUAAUAGUGACAUACUCUGCUUCUUUAGUAGCUAGCAUAAGAUAUAAUAAAUAUAAUGAUGGUUGUUUUACCAUCUGUUACUUGGGUGUGCAUGCAAAGAGAAGUGCCGAUCUACUUGUGGGCUCAUUAUUAGUUGCUGAAAAUAUAUUUGAUUUUGAAAUUUAUUGGCAUCUUAAUAUGAUUAAUAAUAAAAUAGUAUUUUUACUUUAAUAUGGAAAACAGGAGCUGCUUGGACAUGUGUUAUGUAAAUCACUUAUGUUAUGUAGCAAACAUUACAUAUUAGCACUGUAUAUAACCAAGCUUCCUCAGCGAACGUGUUAAUACGUCUUUUCGAUUCGAGGAUUUCAGGAUCCUUAUAGAGGCAUAAAAGUAUUUACAAUUCGUGAAAAACAAAUCCGCUACAGACAGUUUUAUUACCAUUAUCUCAUGCAUAAUCAUCUUUUUUCGACAGAAUCUUUUGAGCAGAAUGAUGGUCCAAUAUCAAUGCGGUAACUGCAUCAAAUUAGUAACGCUCCUGUGAAUAAAGCAAUAAAUAGUACUCUAUUGCAUUGUUCCGCCAUUGUAAUCGAGAUCCCUCGGAGAUGGUGCAAGCGGUUCAUGCGCUGAAGUCUCGUCUAAAACAGCUUUACAGUGGCUACAAGAUUGCACAAAACCCGAACUUGAUCGAAAUCUGCAAAAUCCAGGAUAGCCUACGAUCGCUUAAUUCUGAAUUUCGGUUGUCACAAGGCAUCGAUCCCCAUAAACCGAUACAAAUACACGGUUUUCCAAUGCCAUUACAAUGUGAGGAAGACAUUGACCGGUUGGAGCUGAUGGUGAAGCGCAAUCCAAAGAUACGUCUGCAAUAUAUCGAAUUUUUGCGCUGUAAAAAAGACUUGACUGCAUCCGUUAGCGAAUGUUUCGGGAAAUUCUUUACCGACGAGGCAGUCUAUAAUUUCAAAUGGAAUGCAAAACGCAGUGCGAAAACUCGUUGUAGAGCUAUGCAGGAUUAUCAAAUAUUCACCGAUUGCAUGACUGAAGCGUGGCACGAUCACGGUAUUACGAGAGCUACUCUUGCUAGCGAGCUACAACUGAUGCUUACUAUAAUUAAUAGACGCCGGCACGGGUCGGACCACAUUCGAUCUAACUAAUGCCAUUUUUGUUAUUUUAUCGUUUUGAAAUGUACUGGAAGGAAUAGCAAAUACAUUCCCCAAAAUAUUAAAAAUGUGUCAUUAAAACAAAAAUUAAGCGGGCGAUUUCUUUUGUUUAUUUUUAACGAUAACACAUCAUAGGCGUCGUCGGGUCUAUUUGUAGGACAGGGGCAAUAUUACAAUCAAUUUUUUGAGAUUAU